GACGUGGGCGGCGGCGGCGGCGGCUGCUACUGCAGCUUUGGGGGCACGUGCACUCGCUCUUGCUGGGGGAGAGAAAGGGGGAUCGUAACGCUUCUGCCCAUUUGCUAGAGUGAUAGGUUAUCACACAACAUCAGCCAUGCCUACGGAAGGGAAAACAGAUAUGGAGAGGAUUGGCCUCUUUACUGAAAUGGAAUAUAUUACAAUCGGGGAUAAAUAUGUUUCACCCUUUAACCGCCCCUUUAACGAAGCUGCAAGCAAGAACAGGCAGAUGCUGCCAGGGGGUAACAAACAGAUGUCCGCUCUCCAGGCGGGUUACUUUGACCCUGUGUACGGAAGGAUUUUUGAAGGCGAAAGUUAUUCAAACCCCGUUCAGCUGCGGAGAAGAUAUCGCAUCGCAGAGUCCAAGAAAAACUUGAGCAAACCUUUCCUUCCCAGUAAUGGAGAGAAGAUGCCUUGUGGUAUAGGAACCUAUUAUGGAACUAUCAGUGGUCCAUGCCCCUACUUUAGCGCACAAAGGAAGGACAAAAUUGCCUACAUGCCACCUGGGAAGAAUCUAUACACCAAUCCAGGGAAGAAAGGAACUGGCUAUGGGUAUCCAAAUGUUACAAUAGGUAAACAGUACUCACAUUCAGUUGAAUUAUAUGACAUAGGAAGAAUAACUUAUAAGAAAAUGUCUGAAGAACACCAUCGGUUGCUGAAAGGUGGGCCUUUCAAAUUGAACCUUUAUCCCCGAGAGUAUUUUGACAUGAAUCCUUACUAUGAUGAAGGACCAAUGCCGCCACCAAAGAGACUACCCACACAAGUACCACUUCAUUCUGCCUUUAAACCAAGUUCUCCAGGAAAAAAACCAGGUGGCAUGAAAGCAGGCACAUUUGACCCUUAUCCAACCCAUUCUUCAGACCCAUACGUAGUGAAGAUGAUUAAACCUAUCACGACCAAUAAACAAGGACGAAUAUAUAACUCUGCUUCUACAACAAGGAGCAGACCAGUAAGAAGUAUUAUGGCUGCCAAUGUUGAAAAAUCGUUAAAUGUUACAAAUUAUAAGGAUCCACAGCUGGCAACAUAUUAGCUGUACAAAAACAAGGUGAAUGAUCUUUUCUGGGUUCUGUAGCAUUUUAACAACUUGGAGCUCCUAAAAUAAAUGAAAUUUCUGUGGCUGAAAUAGGUCAAAUAUUGCAACACCUUACCACAAUUGUAUCCCACUUUUGACUAUAUUUCAACAUAUAAACAAGUAAAUUGAUAAUAUAUUUUCCAAUAAUGUUUAUAAAACGUGAAGGUA